CCGACAGUCCCUUCCGGGCCUAAGCGUCGCAAUUCGCAAAAGGAGAAUAUCCGGUGGAUUCCCAGAGUGAUGAUGGCUACCUACAGCCUGGCCAACGAGAGACUACGCGCCCUGGAAGACAUCGAACGGGAAAUAGGCGCCAUUCUUCAAAAUGCAGGUACCGUGAUCCUGGAACUCUCCAAGGAAAAAACCAACGAGCGGCUGCUAGACCGACAGGCGGCGGCCUUCACUGCGUCGGUGCAACACGUGGAGGCGGAGCUGUCGGCUCAGAUCCGCUACCUCACUCAGGUGGCCACAGGGCAGCCCCAUGAGGGCUCCAGCUACUCUUCAAGGAAGGACUGUCAGAUGGCCCUGAAGCGAGUGGACUAUGCUCGCCUCAAGCUCAGUGAUGUGGCCCGAACCUGUGAGCAGAUGCUGGAGAGCUAGACCAAGUAGGUAGAGAGCUUGGAGGGCUCCACCACCUGCACCCUGGGACAGACCUGAAGACGUGUAGGGUGGGGAGCACAGGCUGCCGCCUACAUGCUGGUCAGAAUAUAUGAGGACAAAGUGGCAAAAGGUGUGAACGGAGAAACUUAAAGACCAAGCCUGCCUACAACUCUGCACUGGCUCCUCCAGCAGGGUCCCCUGCUCGGCACUUCACAGAAGUGCUGACAAGCUCACACAGCAGAUGGAGAUUCAGACACCUAACCCACUUCCUCAUAUACUUCAUGUCCCUGUCCCAGACUUCCACAAACUUGGGCCAAUGAAAAUACAUUCUUCUUCAUUGGAAGAAACGAAACAAGAACUAAGGGUUUUAAUAAUAAAGAACAAUAAUAAUAAAAACAAGGAGCUCAGACUUUUACUGAGGCAUAUGUGGGGGAUGCAAAGGAUUAAAGAAGUAAAACUAGCCUGUACGGCGGCCGCUGAGGGAGGGUCGGAAAGUCCAGGCCUUCAUUGUGGCGGGAGGAAGCAGAAGAAGGCUGAAGGUGGGGAGGAACAGCUGGUGUAGUGUGAAGAGAGACUUGGAGUGGGGGUGGGCAGAACGGGAUGGUCAGCGGAGGAGCUGAAGCCAGGAAUCAAGGGGACAAGGGCAUGAGGUCAAUAUAUGCAGAGAGAAGAGUCAUAAUUAUAAAAAUAAUUUUUAGUAAAAAAACACAUAAUUUGUCCAAGAUUUCAUCCUCUGUAACAAAUAUUUUAUGCAGUGAAAAGGGUGAGUUUUGUAGCAUAGAGAAAA